AUGGGUGGCGAAACUGACGUUGAGCCAGUGAUUGAUCCUAUCAUACCUGACGAAGCCUCGGUUGAUGACGAGCUUAGUGAUCUCGACGUGGAAGAAGAUCGCUCUAGCAGUCUGAGUGAUAUUGAAGACAAAGAUGCCGAGCAAGAUCAUGACGACGAUGCCGAAGCAUCAGACGACCUUAGUAACCCUUCUGAAGAUGACGAUUCUGAAGCAGAGACAGAGCGACUGGAAGAAUCUCCGCACAAACUAAGAGUGCAAAAGAAUGUGAUUCUUAAUUCCCGUAAUGGCGCCGAUUCGAACGAGCGCAGCCCAAGCAAACUACACAACCAGAUCAUGGCAGAUGAGAGGGAAGAUGACGAAGAUGAUGCAGACCAAUUAUCUGACGAGGAAAUUGCCGUUUCUAAUGAUAGCCCUAAAAGCUCUCACCACGAUGAUGGUGAGCUAGAUCGCAAGCCAGUCACAGCUCGUACGUCAUUAGAAGAUUCUGCGGGCGAAGGAAAGAGAGCAUUAUCGACUUCCGAAAUCGAUUCAAGAAAGCGCAAACGAUCAAUAAUGGGCAGCGGUGGACUCGAAGAUGAUUUUGAUGAACCUUUGCCCAAGCGGACAGGCUCUAUAGUUAAUCAAGGCGACGACUUUGCGAUCGACGACGAAUUACCCGUAGAAGAAGAUGCAUCAAAUACAAUAAGUGGUAAUAUAUCAGGCGAAGAGGUUGAUGGACCACAGGAGCAGGCUCUUGCGGGGGUGGCAGAGACGAUGCUUCCCGAUGAUGAAGCUACCGAAACCGCUGGCAUACCGGCGUCACCUAAAAGACGAGGAAGGAAGAAGAAAAAAGCUGUGGAGAAUGGUAUAAAUAUUGAGGACGAGUCAGACAGCUUGCACAAUGGCGUCAUAACCAACGGCGAAGAUGAUACACGAAACGGCGAGGAGGACCAAGUAGAUAAUGAGGAAGAUGAUGAAGCAGAUCUCGUAUUAAAGACAGAAGAAGAAUUGGAGAAAAAGAUAAGCGCGUUUGAUCAACUUGGAGGCAUUGAGAAGGACUUCGCAGUCUUUAGGGACAGAUUAUACGAUGCGCGCCUUGAGCAAAUAAGUCGAGAGGAGGCUAUGCUCCGACAAGACCAUCCAACGCACCCCGAUCUUCUUGAGCAGAUGAAGCCUGUCGAGGCACGGAGAGAUGAGAGAAUCCGUGUCGCAGAGAAAUUACGGGAAUAUGAGCUACAGACUCUCAAAACUUAUGCUGUCGCGAGGAGGAGUCAGAUUCUUAUUCAAUAUCGUCAAGAAGCGAGAGAAAUUCGAGAAAAUAAGAUGGAGCAACUAGGUAAACAAUGGUACGAAAUACAACAUGAUAGAAGAAAUUACUCCACUGGCGUACCCGAGUACACUCUGAACUACCCCACUCGAAGAUCGCAACAGGUUCAGAACCAGGUAGCAUAUUCCAACGAGGUUUCUAUUCUCUCGGGCAUCGCAAAACAUGUCGGAUUUCCAGCCGCUCCUUCGAUGUCGCAAGCAACGCCUGCAGAGCUCGAAGAAGACUUUGAGAAGAUGGGUGUAACUAAUGCAAUAGGAGGGACUAGAAAUGUGCAUCAACCUGCAAGCUUUUCGCUGCAAGAGUUCGCGGCAUUGCGAACAGCAAGGUCGACAUCGCGAUAUAGGCCGGCGGAAGAACAGUUCAUUGAACAAACACCCUGGGCGAAUCCGCAGCAUCCUUCUAACUCCCAUUUAAUACAGCGUCAGUCUUCAGCCCAGCAAACACCAAGAACCACAAGUCCUUUGUCGCAAGUUCAAGUACAGCCCCGUCGCCAUUCUCAUCAACAAGGUGGCCCUAUCUCAGGAACCUUCUCUAAUAUGUCAACAUCGGUACUACAGCAUACUAAUGGAUACAUGACGUCUGGUGGACGAGUUUCUCCACAUAAUCCUUUUUCCAUUACUUCGCACUCACACACCAUCGUGCCAUCACCAUUGGGCAGUCGACAGCCAUCUUUGUCACCAAAGCAAACUAGACCUCCUCAUCCACUGUUAUCCAUUUCCAACGAGCAGCAUAAUCAUCAGGCUCCUCCCGUUGCUAGUAAUCAAAUCCACCAGACGUCACGCGCCGGACUACAGGACGUUGUACAAGAGAUGACCCGCAUAUCUCCACCGUGA